AUGCCCUGGAAACCCCUACCUCGCAUUGCGUUCGCCGUUGCGGUCUAUCCCUUCCAGCCGUCGUCGCCCGCAGACCUGCCUCUCGAGCUCGGAGAUGAACUCUACAUAAUCGAACAGGGCGGUGCCAGCGGCGAGUGGUAUCGAGGGUACCUGGUCGCGCCGCCCUCGCUACUGGCCGGCCUGACGAGCGUCCGCGGACAGACGCUGGAGGCCCGCGUCUUCUCCGGCAUAUUUCCCAAGAACUGCGUCGAGGUGCGAGAAGUGCUCGGAGACGCAGACGAGGCAAACGACCGGCCGCGGGACAGCCCGGGCGUCGUGGUCAACGGCGACUCGCGUUCAAUUGCCGCUGCGUCUCCGGAGAAUGGCCAGCCAGGAGACAUCAAGCCGACCUCCCGCGGCCUGGCUCCGGAGGUCAAGACCGCUCGCAAACUGUCGCCGCUGACCAUCCUCAAGCUGGAAGAAGAUGCGACCAAGCGACGGUCUGGCAUGUCGAUGCAGGCGCCAGCCGUGGCCUCCCUCACUCCAACUCCCACUCCUCCUGUUCCUCCUCCUCAUGCUCCUCCUCCGCGGCGGGACUCCGCCGACGCAAAGCCCGCGGCCCCUGUGCCAAUGCUCAAGAUAGGGGAUGAGACGCCUACCUCGAUGUCUGAGCCGCUGGUCGACGAGAUUGCUUCCUGUCUACGUGAAUGGCACUCAACAAACAUCCAUGGGCUGCUGCUCGGGAGACAGUACGCUACCUUGGAGAGCAUGUCCAACAUUGUCCUCGAACUCGACCUCGCUCGGCGGCAGCUUCUACACAAUGUCCUGACCGCCCAGGAGAGAAAGACACUACGCGAAGAAACCGUUUGGAACCUGGUUCGAGGGAACAAGAUGCUGAGCGGGGAUGUCAUCGUCCGCGAUCCUGCUCAGCGUGGCCGCCUGCUGACCGGAGACGAUUCAGCCAUUGAACUGACCAAGCUCCAGUCCGAAAUGAGCAUGCUUGAUGGCAAGAUAACGCAUCCGUCUGAUACUGUCUCCCUCCACCAUCUUCUCUUCGAACUCGAUGCGGUCACCGGCACCAUCUCCAGCCCAAUUGUUCUUGCAGUCAGCCUGUGCUUACAGUCUCCGGCCGGUGAUGUCAAGCCCCUAUCCGAAACAUAUGCCUUAGAUGUCCCCUCUGCAGAGAGUUUCUCCUCCCUUGCUGUCAGCGGGAAAUUAAAGACCCUGUUUACCGAGCUAAGUGCGGCAGAUAUAGGAGAAAUAUCAGGCGCAGAUUCAAAACUGUUCCUCGUCGUCAAGGUCCUCAACUGGGAGGCACCUCGAACCGUGCCAUUCCUCAGCAAAUCUCACUCCUCCUCCGGCUCCAGCACUAGCAGAGCUGGAGCCCAGUUUAGCAAUGCAGGCAAGGGCAGCUUACGGGGUAGAAGGAGCAUGAUGUGGGGGCCUAAGGGUAGCAAAGGUGGACAGCCCGUAGAUCCGGCAGCAAAGGAGGCUACUAAUAACGCUCCACCUCGAUCCAGCGACGGGACAGAUAAGGAGAAACAGACUGCGGCUCCCCCAAAGAAGAAAGAUCCCGUCUGUCGUAUGAUUGGUGUAGGAGCAAUUGAAGUCGGCCCCUUAGUCAAGGCCGGCAAGUCUACCGAACAGGUGUUCACCAUCUGGUCGCCCCUGAAUGAAAAUGAAGAAGAAGACGCAAACACAGAUGGCUUCCAUGAGAUCAUCCGCAGCCUAAUUUACAGUCCAACCGGAAGGUAUACCCGGUCAUACCAAGCUGCUAGGCUACACACUCACCUGUAUCCAUUCACCAGCACAGAUGCAGACGCCCUCGUCAAAAAGAACCCUACUCUCCUCCACAGCGUUACUCAGACCAGAAGGAUAGGCUUUCCUGGGGCGCCAACGAAGCCAAGGUCAGAUAUAUACGUUACCCUCUCACGAGCGAACAUCUCACGGGAUGCUCUCCUCUCGCACCCAGUCCACGGCCAGGUCCCUGUGCCACAGUCGACUGGUCUCCGAAACAUACAACUAACCCUCGAAGUCCGCAAUUCCUCAGGCGCCAGAGUGGAAAAAUGCAUCUGUCCUUCAUCUAACGCUACCCCAGUCAUUGCCUGGAGAACUACCGUCACCGAGAGGCUUUCUAGCUGGAAUCAGACUAUCCGCCUGAGCAUCCCGGCCGACCAGGUACCCGGAUCCCACCUGAUUAUGAGUAUAGCAGAUGCCCCGGAGUUCCCGUUCGCCCUAAGCUGGAUGCCUCUCUGGGACCAGCAAGCGUUCAUCCGUGACGGACCUCAUUCUCUCUUACUCCAUGCAUAUGAUAAAUCCACUUCAAGCAUUGAAAACGGAAAAGGAGCCUAUCUAUCCCUGCCCUGGAGUGCCCUCGGGAAAAAUGAAUGCACCAAGGACGAAGCCGUGACCGGACCUAUGGCAACCCUAAUAGUAGAAACUGAUCUAUGCAGCACUGAAUAUUCCCAGGAUCAAGUCAUGCUCGGACUUCUCAACUGGAAGGAGAAGCCUGCCUCAGAGCUUCUAGAGCUUCUGCGGAGGCUUGUCUUCGUCCCCGAGAUCGAGAUAGUCAAGCAAUUAAGCAACGUCUUCGAUGCCUUGUUCGGUAUAAUCGUCGAACACUCGGGGCAUGACGAGUUCGAGGACCUUGUGUUUACCGAUAUCGUCACUGUACUUGGAAUCCUACAUGACCGUCGCUUUAACCUUGGACCGUUGGUUGAUCAAUAUGCCAAGGAACAGUUCAACUUCCCCUUUGCUACUCCAUGCUUGAUAAGAAGCUAUUGCCGUCUACUACAGGCCACCCCAGACUCCCAACAAUCCCGUAAUCUCCGUGCGGCUUUCAAGGUUGGAAGACAUAUACUCAAAUUCAUAAUCAAUGCCCGAGAACAGCAAAAGGCAAAGGAAGAAGGUAUUGGCAUUACAAACAUCCAAUUGACCUUCAACCGUAACUUGACCUUCAUCUUCAAGUCCGUCGAAGCAUUGAUGCAAAAUCCUGCCCCGAUACUCGUUGGAAGCAAGACCCUCGUUGUCCAACAUUUCCAUACCUGGCUACCGGAGCUAUCCAGUGCGCUUACCAAGGAUGAAAUCAUCGACAUUGCCUUGAGCUUUAUGGACUCUUGCAAGGACGUUAAAGGCAUGCUUAUUCUCUACAAGCUUGUUCUUAUCCAGAACUACUUCCAGCUUUCGUUAUUUGCCGAGCAGAAGGAGCGGAAGAUGCUCUAUGCUCGAUGUGCCGAGUGGCUUGAUCCUUACUGGGGAGCUGUGUCAGAAGUUACAGACCAAUACAGAGAUCAGGUCCGACUAUGCUCGUCUAUCAUUGCAGAGCAGCUGAAGCAUCCAGAGCCAGAGCUUUUCGAGUACAUGCCCAAAGUCGUGGCCUCUUACUGUGCCAUCGCGGCCGAUGGUGUUGAAGAAUCGAACUGGCUUUCUCUCCUAUUCAGCAAAUCCUUCCCAUUCCAGCUAAAGCAGUCGAAGACAAGCCAGAAAUUCGACGAGGCUCUUGUUGAACUCUCCGCUCUCACCGCUGCGUUGUCCGCUAUACCAAACCCAGUGGAGUUAGUUAUGGAACCAGACGAGAUGGCUAUCUUCUUAUCCCGCGCAUUCACGACUCACAUAUCAAUUCUCGAUUGCGUUCCCUACCCUGCAUCUUGGUUAAGUUUGCGUAUAUAUCACCAUCGCUCCGUGGUGAAAAGCUUGGAACAUUGGUCCGCAAUGCUUAUCAAAUCGUUCCUCCCGCCUGUUGAGGAAGCUGAUACUUUUGACAUGGAAUUAUGGAGACUGUUUUUUGCUACAAUUUUGAAGUUGGUAUCAAGUGACGCUCUUGCUCUGGAAACCUUCCCUGAGCAAAAACGACGUGCUGUGUGGAAAAUCGCUGGCGAUGUCCGUGAACAUGGCGCUGAGCUCUUGCGUACCACUUGGAAAGCCAUCGGUUGGGAGACUACCCCUGAAGAGCGUGACCGGUUUGGUUUGGAUAGGCUUGGAGGAUAUCAAGUUCAAUAUGUUCCUAGCCUCGUACCUCCGAUUAUCGAGCUUUGUCUGAGCGUCCAUGAGGGACCUCGACGGGUUGCUGUUGAAAUAUUGCAGACCAUGCUUGUCAGCGAAUGGCAAUUGAACGAAGACCUGGCCAUGAUCGAAGCUGAGAUAAUAUCCAGCCUAGACGAGACGUUCAAGACAAGGAACUUCUCCGAAAGCAUCACCCAGAAGCUGUUCAUGACUGAGUUGAUGGAACUCUUUGACUCAAAAUCCGAAACCCUUGACCCCGAACUCAUGGUAGCAUUGAAGGAACUGGUUGCUACUGUCGAUGAACUGCUAGAUCUCCUGGCCGCUGCACACUCCGGUAAUAUUUCUGAGAGUUUGAAUACUUUGAAACUAAUGGAGUUCAUGAAGGACAUGGACAAGGAGGAUAUCUUCAUUCGCUACGUGCAUGAGCUUGCUAAGGGGCAGGUUGCGGCCCGGAAUUUCACCGAAGCUGGCCUUGCACUUCAAUUCCACGCCGACCUCUACAAUUGGGAUUCCUCACAGCUGCUUCCGGCUCUUGCGAUUCCCGAGUUCCCAGAACAAAGUGCCUUCGAUCGAAAGGAAGCCUUGUAUUUCCAAAUCAUUCAGCAUUUCGAAGAUGGGAAGGCUUGGGCACAUGCUCUUGCAUGUUAUCGGGAACUUGCAGACCAAUAUGAGCAUACCACCCUAGACUUCGCCAAACUUUCAAGAACGCAGACAUCUAUGGCUAGAAUCUAUGACUCCAUUGUCAGAGAUGAUAUCCAGGUCGCGAGAUACUUCCGUGUCACUUUCAAGGGUCUUGGGUUCCCGGCUACUGUAAGGGAUAAGCAAUAUAUCUUCGAAGGACACCCGACAGAUCGAUUGGCCAGCUUUACCGACCGACUGCAGAAAGAAUACCCGGCCGCUCAACUUAUUACAUCUGGAGAGAUUGAAGAUUUAGAGGGCCAGUUCCUUCGGGUAUCCGCCGUUAGCAUUCACCGCGACAUGAACCAUCCAGUCUAUCAACGAACCAAGGUCCCCCAGUCCGUUAGAGACCACCUCUUGACUUCUGUACCUGCGCAAUUUUCAGUUACGUCUAAGAAACACUUGAAUGGAAACAAUGUUAAGAAACAAUGGGUUGAGAAGACUAUCUAUACCGUCGCCGAACCGUUUCCCAACAUCCUUAGACGCAGUGAGAUAGUUGCAACUGACGAAGUUUCUCUGACCCCCUUGCAAACUGCUAUAGAAAGAACAUGGCGCAAGACCCAGGAACUUAUAAUUCUUGAAAGGAGAGCCACGUUGAACCCGGAUGCGAAUCUCUCAGCGGUAGCUGAACUUAUUCGACAGCUUGUUGAUGUCGAAGCCCAACCGUCCACUUGUGCUGCACUCUACCGUCAAUUCCUUCAAGAGGAUUAUGAUAUGGAUGUACCAACUGAGAAUGGCGACGUAGAUGGGCCAGUACACCCCAACCACCCUCUAAGAAACGCCCUUGCAACUGCUUUGAUAGAGCAUGCUGUAGCGAUCAAGCGUUGCCUCAUGCUAUUCAACCUUCGACCAUCGUAUCAAUCCGACCAGAUAGAGCUUGUUCGUCAAUUUGAAUCUAUCUUCUCCCACGAGCUUGCAACCUUCAUACCUGUAGCCGGGCAAUUCCAAGAAGACACCCUUCCCACCUUCAAUCGAUUUGAUCCUUUCGCAAAUACCCAGGCUCCUCGAGUACAAGAUAUCCAAAAUGAUGGUCCACCACCCAAGCCGUCACUUUCAAGAUCUCUGUCCAACGCAGUAUCCGAGGCUCCAAGCCGUCGCUUAAGCCUCAACCCGUUCAGACGUUCGCAUCAUGGGCCUUCUAACUCUGUCACGACCAUUACCCAGGAAACAAUAAGGUCUAAUAGCAGCCUGAGAAAUCAAUCCAUCAGCGAAGGAAUGAAGCUCAACGGUACCACGAUGGUAAACGAGCCGCUGAGAGCCCCUACCUCGGCCAGCAACAAAGCGGAUAUGAAUGAAAGAAAAGGCAGUCUUUCAGCCCAGAGCAAGACAGAUGGCUCGCAGAAACGCCGCAGCUGGUUCGGAAACGGUAGUACCACUAGUAGUAAUAACGGCAACGCUACUGAAGCAAGGCCCAAUUGUACAACAACCCCGUCCACGGAAGACAUCAAAACGACACAACAGCGGAUCAUCGAAAGGGCGAAGGCUGCUCGCAAACAGAAUGGAACUACUUACUCAACUAUCCCCCAGACCCGACCGUCGACCAACGGCAGCAAUCGAACGGGUAUAUCCGCUCGUUCAGGAGGCCAGCACUCCCCAAUUAGCCCAUUAACGAAUAAUUCGGGCGGAAGUAGCAACAUGAGCGCAUCUGCAGUGCGGGACUCCGUCAUGAGACGGCUCAGCCUUUUGAAGUCCGGUCGAAAGGCCAGCCGUGCCAACUUCCGAGAAGGUGGCGCAAUGGGCGGAGCAGUAAAGGAAGAAUAG